GCACCCCUGGGCGCCUGCGUGGUGGAGCUGGAGAUCCCCCAGCGCUGGUUCUCCACCGCGUCCCCCACCCCACGCCGGGCAGCCGAGCCCCCAGACCCCCAGGAGCCCCAAGAACCUGUUGAGCUCCACUACAGCGUGUGCGGCCGCGCGGGGGCCACGUCCCGGCUCCUGGGGACGCUGGAGCUGCGGGCGGCGGGGCCGGAGCGGCGCCAGGAGGUGAGGCUGGACGACAAGGUGCUGCUGAGCGUCCCCGAUGCCACCUUCCUGCCGGGACAGCGUUUCACCGCCACCUUGGCCCUGAGGCACAACUUCACCGCCCAGCAGCUGACGCUUCGGAUCAAGGCAAAGAAGGGGCUGCAGGUGGUGGCCGCCCGGCCAGUGUCCCCCAGUACCUGGAGUGUCCACCUGGAGCGUGCCCGGGGUCCCAAGCACUCCACGGCCGUGGGGACCCGCCGGAGGAACGGUGGCGGGAGGGGGUCCGGUGGGGCAAGGGAGGAACAUGGGGGGCUAGGGGGCCAGAGGGGUGGCACAGAGGCUGAGGAGGUGCCCCCGUGUCCCCAGGUGCGCUCCCCCCUCUCCGCCUCCCUGCUGGGGGAGCAGACGCUGGUGGUGUCGGAGGAGAAGGUGACGGUGACAGAGCUGCGGGGACAGGUGGUGUCGGGGCUGUCCCUGUCCCUGCGGGCACAGCCGGCUCACCCGGGCCUGGUCACUGUCACCGCCCAGGGGACAGCCACCCUGCGGGCCCCCAAGCAGGAGGCCACGCUGUCUGUCUGGCUGUCCUUCUCCGACCGCACGCUGGCCCCGCUGGAGCUGUACGGCUGGCAGGACACCACCUUGACCGUCACCUCCCUGGACCCCGCCGUGGUCACCGUCGGGGGCUCUCCCGCCACCACCAAUCCCACGGGAACUCCCAGCAUCCCAGCAGGACCUCCCAGCACCACCGCCAACGCCUCGGCGGCCCCAGCGCUGAGGCUGUCCGGGGGCCGGAGCCGCUGCGAGGGUCGCGUGGAGCUGGAGCAGGAGGGAGCCUGGGGCACGGUGUGUGACGACGGGUGGGACAUGGAGGAAGCCCAGGUGGUCUGCAGGCAGCUGGGCUGUGGCUGGGCUCUGCAGGCCCCGGGAGCUGCCGCCUUCGGCCGGGGGAACGGAUCCAUCCUUCGGGAUGAGCUGGGCUGCCGGGGCCACGAGGAGCACCUGUGGGAGUGCCCGGCGGCGCCAAAUCACGAUUGCAGCCAUAAGGAAGAUGCUGGAGUGGUGUGUUCUGCCGAGGUGGCCUCCCCGGCCCCGGGGGGACAGUCCCCUUGGCACGUGUCCCUCUUUGUCCUCUGCCUGGUGCUGGCAGCCCUGCUCCUGCUCACCCUGCUGGCCUUCACCAUCGCCCUGCUGAGGGUGAGGAAGAUGAGGGGUAAGGAGACGCUGCCGUGGCUGUGGAGGGGGUGA